AUGGCCGCGUCUCCUGAAGACCAGUCAGUUCGUCCACCCAUACCGGAUGAUAUUCUGGUCCUUUAUGUCAAGAAAGCAAGUCCUACGUCCACCGCAAAUUCCGUGAAGCCAUUGAUGUUGAUCGAAGCUCUCAAUAUUCCGCACCACAUUCACAUCAUUGAGUCUACAAGCAAUGAGACAUGGUUCCACGCUGUGAAUCCUUACAAGAUGGUUCCAGCUCUAGAGGAUGUCGAAACUUACGAGGUUAAUGGCCAAUCCCAACGACUGAAUAUCUUCGACAGCUCCGCUUGCCUUACAUACCUGGCGGAGAGGUACGACACCGAGGGUCUCUAUCGGGGCAAGACUGUUUCUGAGCGCACAAUCAUCAUGAAUUGGUUGAUGUCUUAUACCGCUGGACUCGGUGCCACUGGGAAGAUCUGGUUGCUCAUGAAAGCGCCCAAGCCAGUAGACAUAGGCGAGUCGUUGUCGGUCCUGCUCAAAUACAUUCGCACCGAGUAUGACUUUUUGGAAACACGAUUGAACGAGCCUGGGCAGUUGUACAUUGCCCUUGCUGAUCGACCAACGAUUGCAGACUUUGCCAUCUUGCCCUUGGCAAAUGAGAAAAUUGCUGCUUCGGCAGACCUAGACUUCGAUCAGUGGCCAAAAUUGAAAGCUUGGAGCGAGCAGAUGAGUUCAUUUAGGCCGGUAGCGCGCGCAUUGCAUCGAGUGGCUCGUUUUGGUUUGUCGAGUGAGGAACUUGCCAGUCUUGAUGCUUCCUAG